AUGCCUUCUCGCACUCUGCAGAAGGUGCACAAGCACAUUUCCAAGAAGCGCGGCGUUGUCAACUCACUGCAUGAAAACAGCCGCGAUGCCCGUCGAUUGCGCCGCGCCGGCCACCGAGACGAACGCCUCUCCAAGCAUGCCUCAAUCACUAUGAGGGCCCGCCAGCCAUACGUUGACCGUAUUGAAUUUUUCCAUGACUCCGUUCAAGCCGUUUCCGAACCCAUGUCCGAAGCCGAGUUGGCGGAACUGAUCACCAACUACAUCAACCGGGACUUAGAGGAGAUUGAGCAACUCACGCAAGAGCGUCGCAAGGGCCGGCCCCCAAGCAAACGGGAAGAGGUCCUGAAACAGCGGACGGAGACGGAGGACAAAGAAUUCAAGACUGGGUUCUGGGCGCCGGACUUGACCGAGAUGGAUGUCUUGCUGGCAUUGAAGCACUGGAAUGGCGAAUGGUCUGGACUCAGUACUAUGAAGUUUAUUCGUCUGGUCCAAGGAGGCGAGAAGAAGGCAUCAACCUUCCCGCCCAAGGGCAUGUCAUGA